AUGGAGGACAUACACGAGCUCGUUGAUGUCCUGCUGCUCUGCGACUGCAACCUGUAUGAGCGCUAUCCAGAGCUGGUGCAGCGGGUGGACUAUUUUUUGUACGACUGGACAGAACAUACACUCGCACGCACACAGGCACUGCUGCGCCGGCAUGCCAAGCGCCUGAGACGGCCCAUGCCGAAUUCCGCAACUUGCUACCAGAACAAUGGCGAAGACGAGUCCUUCACACAUGCGCGGUCAGUCAACGUGGUAUGGCGCCAGUGGGCCGUCGGCCGCCUGCAGCUGCCGCCGUACCCGCCCGAGCGCAUCAACUGGAACAAGGACGCGGACCCAGUGUUUCUGUACGCACAGAUGCCGGCGCUGCGGCUCGAGGUGCCGUGGUCAGCACACUCGCUGUCGCUGACGUCAAAGGAGAGCACUCCAGUAGCGGCUGCACCGAUAGCCCGGACGGACUUGCAGACAUUCCUGACUUCGCCGACGCUGAGCCCGGCGUCAAGCCCGCCGUAUUCGCCGAUGCACUCGCCAGCCAUGUCGAUUCGCGAGAGCAUGUCCACGAGCUCCCUGGGCUCUGACACGACUCUGGAGAACACGCCAGCGGUGCAGGAGGGCGGUAUGCGGCCGCGCCUGCGCUUCAACGAUCAGGUCGAGCAGUGCAUGGUGGUGUUCAAGCAGGAGCGCGAGUGUCUGCCCGCUGACUACGAGGAUAACUGCGAUGAGGAGGGUGACGCCGCGAUGCGUUAUACCAAUAAUGUGCCUGUGCGGCGUACCCUGCGAAAUGGCGGCGCUGCCAGCCGCGGCCGCCGCUCGCUUGUGAUCAAGCUUGCUCCCACACAGCUCAAGGGAGACCACCGUAGGCUGACGGCCACGCCGGCCCCAGCCCUCAGUCCGCCGCCAAGCAUGUACGACGAUAGCGACGAUGAAGAUCUGUUCAAUGACUUUAACAGUGGCAUUGCGCUCUUUGGCGGUCCCACGCCUGCCGAUCGGAUUACCAGUGCGCACUUGAGUCACAACGCCAUUCCGGGUGACAGCAAGAAUGGCGUCAGUGGAUACGUGCAGGGCUACGUCCAGUCGGUCGCAGGCCAGGUCCGCCGCUUUGUCAGCGAUGCUGUGUCGGUCUCGUCGUUCACUGUCGAGAAGCAGGCUCGGUCGACCACCAGCAGCACCUCGUCAACCUCGGUGGCAUCGUACGUGCCUGACCCGUUUGCUGCGCGGCACACCCAGCAGCCCUCGACGCCCACUGCGCCUUACAUGAAUGCUGGCUCCAGCAUUAGAGCAACCAGUGAUACGCAUUGUCAUCAGGCCUCCACCGCUGCCUCCUCGAGCAUUGUGCGAGACCCGUUUGCAGCUGCAAACCACAAGAGCUCCCACGCCGACCGUGUGCCCUUUGAUGAUGACGAGGACGCAAUCAUCCAAGAGUUCGAGCGCGAGAUGCAGCAGUACCACUACAAGCCUGCCGCGGUGACGAGUCCCUCGACAUCAUUGCCAAAGCAUCACGCUGGCUAUGCAGCCAGCGGUAAUGUGCAUCAUGCAGCACAACCACGCGAUCGCGAUGCCUACAUCGGCAGCGAAUACCACUUCCAUGGCAUUGAUGACGAGGACGACGACGACAUGGCCGCGUACAGCACCCGUAUGGAUCUUGCUGAGCCCCACAGCGCCUAUGUGACAGCGCGGGGAUCACCGCUUACCUCAACCGACAGUCUCGAGCGGAGCAACACAGCCGGCGGCCCCAAGCAGUUCCAGCAGCGCCAUGAUUCACUCAUUGACCGUGCUGAGGACACUAUCGUCAACACGGUCGAUGCCGUCAAGUGGUGUGCGUCCUUCAUCUCCAACUACACUAUCUUCUGAGUGAGUGCGUAGUAGGCUGAGCGGGACGGUUGCCAGACCUUGAGGGGCUGAGCGGGCAAUGCCCAAAAAAUACCUUGCAUUCUCUGUGUUGUAUUCACCACUCUACACCAACCACCCCUUUCUCGCUCAUCUAGCUGUCAUAUUUCUUUACCCUUCUUCCCACUCGUAGCUUGUACAUGUCCUUUUCUCAGUUCACUUAUUGUCGUUAGUUUUGCAUUAUACACACUCCUCUCAGCUGGAAUUCACAAUGUCUUGCAGCACUUUUUUUCGUAGCCACAUGUCCAAACAUGCAUUGUUCAAUAUCUCUUGUGCAUGCAUGCAAUCCCAGUUCACAGCCAGAAAUCCAGCUGGAGAGGAAUGACAUUGAUGCCCAGCUCGCCCUUUGCAGCUUCUCUGCACGACCCCUCUGAAAAGGAUGCACUGAGCUGUGGAAAGGGCGCAUACAGCACCAUGCAUGCAGACACGGG